CAAUAAUUCGACAAUUCGACAAUUCGACAAAGUGAAACCCCCUUCGGACCAGACCCUCGCCAAGGGACUUGCAUCUUAAAACCUCGCGACGAGGAUCUGAGCUGCUGCUCAACUGGAAUCACUUUACUCGAGUACACUGCCUGCGCCUUCUAUCGCACGUUUGACGGACGACCCUUCCAAAUUUUGAUCUCGCCCACCAUGGCGGGCCGAGAAUUGUCGCCAGAAGAGAAGCUCGCUCUGAUAACAGACCAACUACAAGAGGUGCUACACAAGGAUAUCCUGGAAGAUGUGGUAAUCAAACAGAAGCGACCGCUGGUCCUCUACUGGGGAUCUGCCACGACAGGCAGGCCUCACUGCGGUUACUUUGUCCCGAUGAUGAAGAUUGCACACUUUCUGCGAGCAGGAUGUCACGUCAAGAUUCUUCUGGCUGAUAUUCACGGCUUCCUUGACAACCUCAAGGCGCCGAUUGAGCUGGUAAAAUAUCGUGCCGAGUAUUACAAGUUCGUCAUCCAAGCUCUUCUCAGAGCUGUGGGAGUCAGCUUGGAAAAGUUGGAGUUUGUUCUAGGUUCAUCCUACCAAUUGAGUGCCGACUACACCAUGGACAUUUUCCGGUUGAGUAGUGUGGUUACCGAGCAUGACGCGAAAAAGGCCGGUGCAGAAGUGGUCAAGCAAGUCGACAAUGCCCCUCUGUCUGGCUUGAUCUACCCGCUCAUGCAGGCCCUCGACGAAGAACAUCUGAAAGUGGAUGCCCAAUUCGGAGGAGUGGACCAGCGUAAGAUCUUUGCUCUUGCUCAGGAGACGCUGCCCAAAAUUGGCUACAAAGAAAGAGCUCAUCUCAUGAACCCUAUGGUUCCUGGUCUCGCCGGCGGCAAGAUGUCUGCUUCGGACCCUGAUUCCAAGAUCGACGUCCUUGACAGCGCUGAGAACGUCAAGAAGAAGCUGCGCAAAGCUUACGCCGCAGCCCGUGAAGUCGAGGGCAACGGCAUCAUCUCUUUUGUCGAAUAUGUUCUGCUGCCUUUCAGCGCCUUGCAGGACCCAGAGCACAAGGGCCGCUUUGUAUGCGAAAGAAGAGAGGGAGAGGGAGAGCCUCUUGUCUACCACGACAUCGAUACGUUGAAGGACGAUUACAAGGCUGAUAGGCUGACGCCACAGUUGCUCAAGGCAGGCGCAUCUGCGGCUUUGGUCGACUUGUUGGCACCCAUCCAAGCAGAGUACCAGGCGUCUCCAGAGUGGCAGGACAUAGAGAAGAAGGCCUAUCCUCCCGCAGAACCUGCUAAGAAGAAGAAGCAACCAAAGGACAAGGGUUCAAGGUACCCUGGUGCAGGAAAUGUCAAGGCCAAUCCAGAUGGUACGGUGGAAGGCAAGGGAAAGGAACAGGUCGAGGUUGGCAAGACGGCAGAAGAUGCGAUGUCGAAGCUGGACGUCAAUGGCCAACCCGUGUGAUCACUUGAAUUUUGAUGAGGAAUGAAACUCUCCAUCUCCCCUGAAGUCGACUUUCAUCAGGGUAUUGCUGCUGUCUGACAGUUCCCUGGCGACACCUACUGUGGAACAAGAUUUCCACAGAAAGCUGCAUGGAACGACGCUAGAACCAUGCACUCUGCACAGACUCUAACGACUGCUACGUGAAGGAGAGCUGUGGCAUGCCCUGAAGGAGCCAUGUACGAUUGAAGCGAGCAAUAGAUCAAAUGCUAGAUUGAGCGAAGGAAGAACGGAUCAAGGUGAGGCUGGCUUGCCGACAUGGCCCUUAGGCCGCCACCAAGAUCCAGCAAUGCUACCAGAACACCGCAAUGCGAAACAGUGCGAGACAAGAUCAGUGCUUACUCUUUUCCUUGUGGUAGAUCACCUGCGAGCCUGGU